AUGGCCGAUAAACCACCCACUUACUCGGAUCAACCCCUCCUUCACGCUAUCAUAAUCCUCUUCAUUACCGUCAGCACGAUUACCUUUCUCCUCCGCCUGGCCUCGCUCAGAAUUGGCCGUGAGAAAUGGCAGCUAGGUGAUACGCUCGCUUUGCUCGGUUGGCUCACGUUCAACGCCUUUAUGGGACUUACGCUCGCGGACAUUGAAUACGGUGGCGUCGGCCUGCGCCAAGCCUCACUCCCUUCCUCGACCCUCCGCACCUGGGCUAAAUUCCUCCUACCCAGCUCCCUCCUCUACACCUACGCCGUUACCUUCCCCAAGCUCACCAUCGUGGCCUUUUACCUAUCCUCCUUCUCCAACCACCCCGCCUCCAAAAUAAUCUGCUACGUCACAGCAGUCACGCUCUGCCUAAAUAUAAUAGCGAACACCGCGGCGGGGCUCGCCAUCUGUCGUCCUCUGCAUGCGCUCUGGGACGGCGGGAUAGCAGACCAUUGCUUCAAUAUCAGUGCGUGGUUGCGGUAUGGGAGGGUUGUAAAUGUUGUUUCUGGUGUUGUUCUGUUGGUUCUGCCUGUGCCGCAUGUUUUCAGGUUGAACUUGGCGCUCGGCGUCAAGGUUGCGGCGGUGGUUCUGUUUCUGAUGGGGAGUUUGUAUGCCUCUCCUUUUUCAUCAUAUCUUCUUCGUUACUUUCCCACUUCGACGGUUGCCUUGAAUACUAAUGAGAACAGCGGCCUUGUCGCAAGCAUACUCGGCCUUAUCCAUAUCCCAACAACAGAUGCCGCAGCCGACCCCACCUACUCCGCCGCGCUGGCCUUCCUAUGGUCAACAGUGGAAAUCGGAAUGUACCAUCUCACCGCAUGUAUGAUCGCGUACCAACCGCUGGGCAAGUGGAUCAUGUCCAAAAUCCGAGCCGAGCUGGAUGAUGUUGAGCGGAAGGAACCGAACUUCGUCCCGAGGAGGCGCGUCGAUAUCUAUCAUCCUGUUCGGGAUUAUGGGGACGGUGAGAUGGCGUUUGUUCAUGAGAUCGGAUCGGCGUAUUCGGUGGGUGAGAUGGGUGUUAUCAGGAUAGGGAGGAGGGUGUAUGUGGAACCUGUUGAGUGGAUUUGA